CGAAAACUGAUAGGAAGGAGAAAACUGAGCCUGACAGUAAAUUACAGCUUGGAAUUCAUAGCAAGAUGAAAUCAACAAGUAAAGGCUGCAGUGGACUGAGACUGGUGAACUACGAUGGACUACGCCGAUCGAUCAAGAUCAAGAAGGAUACAGGCUUGUGAAGAGAAAUAAAUCGCACGUGAAAAAGACGAGCAAAGUCGGAAGCGACGAAGAACGGAACAGGAAGGGUUGGUGAAAACGCAGGAAAAAACGAGACGAGACGAGGAAACCCGGGAGAGAUGAGAGACAAGCGUCCUUGCUCCGGACUAGUUCGUAACUGUGUGCCCUGGUGUGUACGGACAGGCCGUGGAGAACCGGUAAUGACGUGAAAGUGCAUCCACGAGCGAGAAGGCAGAGGCAGAGGCAGGCAGGCAAGCGGGCGGACCACCGUUCUCCUAGCAGUCUCACUUCGUCCAGGACAAUCCCCUGGAUCGUGGCCGGCCCCGUUGGAGAAAUUGUCUGCCUCCCGACGAUCAAAGUGCUCGGCUGGCCGAGGUGGCGAACGUCUCGUACGCCGCGCGGUCGCUCAGUCGUCUCGUUCCCUCUCGAGCGCGUUUUCGUCGUGGCUCGCGUUUCAUCGAGGUUCAAGCGUGUUCUCCUUAAGGUGGUUUCUUCGGAAACGGUUGAUUCUGUGAGCAACCUGUGUCGUCGAUUGUUCAUCAACGAUUCAAGUUUGACGGUUCAAGAAUAGAACUCGUUCAGGGAUUCGUCAGCGAUCGGGGGACAUUAAUACCUCCACUCGGAAGAGGAAAGGAAUUCAGGAAACGGGCGUGCAGCGACUUGCAUCUCGCCAGUGUCCUUGCAGUUCUUGAAAAGCGGAGGCACAAGAGAAGCAAAGAGCCGUCUUCCUCUCGCGGCGGGAUCGUCGAUCUGGAAUCGAUGAUGAUGACCCCUCGAGCCGAGCGAGUUUUGGCGGAGCGCCGAUAAAAGCGCGAGAGGAAUCGCGGACAGAAAGAUGACCGUCGCGAUGGAGCACAAGCGGAAGAGCUCGUGGGACUCGAAGAUCUCGGUGAGCACAGUGAGUACCAGAAGAUUCAGCCGUGCCGGAACACCAAGCUCCAUCCUGUCGUCCGACAGCGACAUCCGCUUCACGAGGAAGCUCGGCGGCCAGUAUCGUUGUGGAUGCUGCGUCCUUGCCGCUUUCUUGUUCUUCCUCCUCUUCUCGGGUGUAUCCAUAUACCUCGGCUAUACUUUCCUCACUUCCGAUCCACCGGGCGACCAAAUAUUCCUCGCGACAUUCCGAGUCAUCAAGGGUGAUUCCUUCACUGCGGAACUGGCGGAUCCUUCUACCGAGGCUUUCCGGAUACGGUCUCGGGAGUAUCGCGAUCGUCUUAAUCUUAUCUUUCGUCGCAGCUGGCUGAAGUUAUCGUUCCUCGCCGCAGAUGUCUUGGCGCUCGACGGAGUGGAAGGUCGUGAUUUGGUGGUGCAUUUCGACGUGAAGUUUGAUCCGCGAUAUCAGACUAUAACUACCGGCAACAUCGUGGACAUUCUCUCGCGGGAACUGAGUCCGGAAACCUCGCGUUACUUGGCGAAUCUGACGAUAGAAGCCAAGAGCCUCGAAGUGCAGGAAAGCCUGAAAGCUCUCAACGCGCAGAUCAGUCUCCAAUCGACGGUCUCAACAUUACCGCCAACAACGACUGCUCCUCCGCCGAGAAGAUGCAGCAAGCUGGAUCUGCCCUACUGCAAGCAUCUCCCUUACAACGUCAGCUCGUAUCCGAACAUAUUGGGCCACAGAUCGUUGACAGAUGUUGAAGAGGAUGUUAUCGCCUUCAGGGAACUGGUGGAUGCAGAGUGCUACCCAUUGGCCUACGAUUUCGUCUGCCAAGUGCUGCAGCCCGCGUGUCGAUCGAGUCAACCGGAGGAUCUGCUGCACUUGCCCUGCAGGAGCUUCUGCAGGGAAUUCUGGAACGGAUGCGGCAGUCGCUUCCCCGAGAAGAUAAAACGUGCCCUAGAUUGCUCCAACUUUCCAGAAUACGCUGAUCCCGGCAGUUGCAGACCCAAGCCAGGGUGCGUGCAGGCUCUUCAGUCGAAGGCGUUGUCUCCGAGAAUUUGCGACGGCGUGAUCGACUGCCCGGACCUCUCGGACGAGAAGAACUGCGCGUAUUGUCGAGACGGGUACAUGCAUUGCGGAGUAGGGAGAACUUGCAUACCGCAAACGAAACGAUGUGACGGCAAGGCGGACUGUCCGAACGGCAGCGACGAGAAAGACUGUCUGUCUUUGGCGCCGAGCAUUCAGGUGUUACGCUCGCAAUCCUGGAGCACGCCACACGCCGCGAAGUACAACAAAGAGGGCUACGUCGUGUUUAAUGAAAAAGGCACGAUCGGUAAACUCUGCACGGCGAACUUGAACGCUACUCUGCCCGACACGGAGAUGGACAACGUUCUCCAAACGGCCGCGAGCUCGUUGUGCACGUUACUUACAUACACCGGUGUAGCUUCCGUUGAAGUGAGAAUUGACGACGAAGAAGACGUCCCCUACGUGUACAUGGAAGAUCCAUCAGCACCGGAAAUCACUUUUGUCAGGGCUCCUUGUCCCAGCAAGGAAGUCUUGUUCGUUCGUUGCUCCGAUCUCGAGUGUGGAGUACAACCUCUACGCGCUAACGGUGGAACUCGUGGCCUCAAUAAAAUGGCAGAACCCGGCGAUUGGCCUUGGCACGUCGCACUUUUCAAGGAAGGAGUUCACGUUUGCGAUGCCACUCUCGUGGCGGAUAAUUGGUUGCUCACAACGGCAUACUGUUUCCAAGGUCAACCAAAAGCCGAAUGGUCGGCUAGGCUUGGUGUCGUGCGACUUUCCAGUUCAUCGCCGUGGCAGCAGGAACGCAGGAUUGUUGGCAUGAUCAAAUCACCGGUGGAGGGCACAACUGUUCUCGUAAAAUUGGACAGACCGGUGACGACCUUUUCGGACUUCGUGAGACCGGUUUGCCUGCCCUCCAGCAUCGAUCCACCGAGUAACACAUCGCAUUGCAACACUCUUGGCUGGGCAAGAAAUCGCGAUGUGUUGCAAAGGGUACAGCUUAAGCACAGUGCAAUGGAGAAGUGCGAAAAUAUCAGUAUUCCAUCUGUAAAUAGUGUCUGCACCGAGCAGGCAUACUCCACGGACGAUUGCAACGAGGAAGAGCUCGCUGGCAGUCCGAUGCUGUGUCUUCAAGAAGAUGGUCGCAGAUGGGCGCUGAAUGGUAUCGGCAGCUGGAGAAUAGCCUGCUCGAAAGACGGCCUCGAGAGACCGCGAUUGUACGAUAAAAUUUCGUCGCACAUCGACUGGAUCAAAUCUACCAUUGGCUGAAAGUUCUCAUCGAGUUUAAAAUAUCAAACAAUUGCCGAGAAGAAGGAACGAAAGAGUCCACCGCGCUCCAAAAGUGGAACUGACGUCGAAAUUCCGAUAGAAAUUGCUGAUAUCUAUCGCGCGAUGUUUGUCAUUUCACUUGACAAUAAUUUUAACCUUCUCGAUUUGGCGUUUGCAAUUUUGAAAACACUCAACGCACGUAAUUUCGCCGGGAACGAUAAGAUUGUAUCCAGCUCCUGAUCGAAGUAAUCGCACACUUGUAAAUACGUCUUUGUAAUCUAGCAUACGAAAGCUCUUUGUUACCGUGGCAUAACUUUUCUUAACUUAUUUCUCUCGUUCUACAUUUACUCUACUCUUAUACGCAUGAGUACUUGCUUUGUAUCGGAUCAGUCGAAAAGCUCUCGCGAUCUUCCACUAGGAAAUUUAAACAGUUUUGCAUUCGAAGUGACUUUGCCCGCUCGACUAAUUUUCGAUUAUCUUUUGUUGCAUGACACAUUGAUAUUUCAACAGCAUUCCUGCCUGCAAGCGCUCUGACGUCAUUUGCCGAAUUACUGCCACAAGUUUUUGACUCGUCCAAUACUUCAUCCCCUAAGUCUUGCUGUUAUUUUAGUAUAAUUAUUAUAUAUAAUUAUGUUUGUAUAAGAUCGUUUACGCAUUAAAGUUUCUUAAAAUAAUAGUCUCGAGAA